GUGUUUUCAAAUUUUGCGCUUCAUCAUCUAGAAAAAAACUUAGUAAUUCUGUUGUUAAAAUCAGCCCAAAUAGUUUUUUUUGAUCAUCGUUUUAGGUUUCAGCCAUUCAUUCCUUUUUUCUUUCUUAUCCGACACACAAAUUACGCCAUAAAGACCGUUGCUUCUAAGUGACUGAUUAUGAAUGGCGGCAGCUCCACAAUUGGGUUUGCAUAAUAGGACGUUUGUGUAUUUCUUUCUGUCUCUGUUACUAGUCCUCUUUCUUCACUGCGAGAAGCAAUAUCAUAAAACUUUCCGGUCUUACUGUGAUUAAUUUGGGGUACUCAUCUUUAUUACGUCCUUUACACUCACAGUGCUAAUUCUACCAAAUGAAUACAGCUUAUGGCAGGAAUAGGACAGCGUUUCACUUCUGCUGACCACUCUGUUCCUUGGAACACUCAGACUCAAUAUAAUAUGGGGAGGGCUAUGGUACAUGAUUACAAUAAACCUGUCGCCACUUACGGCAGCAAUUUCACAAAAAGGCCUCUGUUUAGUGCUGGUAAUCCGGUGAAUACUGGGGCACCUAGUUUCAGUGAUAUUGCAACGCUUUCAACGAGUGGUUAUAAUUCUAGACCUGGGUCUUCUCAGCGUAAUGGUGAGCUCAUCAGUUCUAUACCCAAUGCAUUCUCUGGAAGAACAACAUAUCCUACUGCACUAGAUUCUAGUCUGGAAAAUGGUCCUUCAUAUUUCAAUGCAUUGAAUUAUAAUAAUAGUCAGACUGGUCCUGCAAGAAAUUUCUCUGAACCUUCUCUUUUCUCUUCGUUAUCCACCAUCAAUCGGACAGCUGGGAAUGACUUAACAAACAACAGAAUUGGGCCCGGAAGUAUUACCCCGUCAGUUCCUAUAAACACUGCUAUGGCCCUGGCAUCUCGUAACCCUGGAAAUCUUUACUCAAACUCAAUCGGAAAUGAAAAUACUUCUUCGAAUUCCACAAACCUUUCUUUAUCUUCGUCUUCACGUGGUGUUACUUUAGAUCCUUCAGAUUUCCCUCCAAUUUUAACAUCUACUGGGCGGAGUGGGAAUUCUUCCGCACCCUUUCAUUCCUCCUCAAACCAGCCCCCCUUGCGGAACUAUGUUUCCAUUAUGUCGAAAGGGUCUUCAACCAUAGAUCAGAGUUUAAAUCAAUUAAAUCAACAAUUUAGUCAUUCUUCAAAUAACCAGGCAGCUCCUCUGGAAUUUUCUAAGCAGGAUUUCCCCGCUUUACCUGGUUCGCACCAACCUACCACUAGCACUACUACGACAGUGUCGACGACGAGUGCCUUAACUGUCAAUUCAACAUCUGCUCAUCGUUCCUUGUCGGCUAGUUCCAUAACCCAAACUCCUGCUUCUACAAACUCUAGACGAUUGUUUAGCCAUACGUCCAACCACGUUUUAGGACCAUCAUCAGUCCGCAAUCAGCCGGGAUAUUCAAAUGUUCCCUCUAAAUCUGUUGGCUCCUCAAACGGUAUACAGUUACUUCCCAAUCAUUUAGUCACAAAUAUUCCUAAAAAUAUGAUUUGUGAUCAGUUCGGAAUGUUAGGUUUAUUGAAGCUGAUUCGCGUUGGUGAUUAUGAUGCUACGUUGAAUAUGCUAGCUCCUGGAUUAGAUUUAUCCUCAUUACACAGUAAUUGGCAGACACCUGGUGAACUUCAUACCACCUUUGUUUCACCUCUUCAAGAUUCUUGUUUUGGCCGUCCACAAGAUAUGGAUUAUCCUGUUCCACCGGAAUAUCUUAUACGACAUUUAGUUACAGAUCGUCUACCUGAUCCACCUAUGAAUCAAUUGUCAGAAGAGACAUUGUUCUGGUUAUUUUAUAAUUGUUGUCGAGAAGAAGCACAGUUGGUUGUAGCGAAAGAACUCUAUCAACGUGAAUGGCGAUUUCAUAAAAAAGAACAAAUAUGGCUUACUCGUAUAGUGGGUGCCAAUUUCACGUCAGAUAACAACUCUGAACAAGGUGAUUACUAUUUUUGGGAUCCUGUUAAAGCGCAAAAGUCUACCCAUCAAAUGACUAUCUUAUAUUCAGAUCUUGAUAAUGCACCAGCAGCAUUUCGUCUUAGUUCAGGCACAUUAAGUGCCUUUGUGAGUAUCGGUUUACCUGGUGGUUCGCACAGUAAUGUUCCACCACCACCUCCACCUCCUCCACCAUUACCACAAAAUCAACAACAACAGUUAGUUAGUUACCAACAUCAAUCACGUCAGGCGCAACAAGGCCAGCAAACAUUUUCGCAUACACAUCAUCAAACACUUAUGAAUAAUCAUAAUCCUAAUACAUCAGGACCAUUUAUUCCGUUUACUGCCAAUUCCCUGACUACUGGACCAUCGGUCAAUUCAUCAAAUGCUGCAACGUUAGCUAGUCUGUUCAACACUCGUCAACAGCAACCAAUUAAGCAACCACAACAACUGAAUUCAAAUCCAAAUUAUUUUUCAUCUCAUAAUCGAACUACUGGUCCUGUAAAUUCAUUGUUCACUAAUCGAUCAGCUCCAGUAUCAGUUCCUGUGACUAAUACAGUGAUUCCUUCUACAGAAACUACAUCAACUACUAAUUCAAACUUUAAUCGGCUGUCCAAUCCAUCACUUGUUAAUGAUAAUCCCAGUCAAGUAGUUUUUGAUGGUUCACAAAUUUAGAUAUAUAUAUAUAUAUAUAUAUAUAUAUAUAUAUAUAUAUAUAUAUAUAUAUAUAUAUAUAUAUAUUGUUUCCCUCCUGUUUUCUAAAUCCAUUUUCUUUUCUUAACGAUAUGGUAUGAAAAGAUACUCUAACAACUGCUUGUGUGCAUGAGAGUGUGAGGGUCAACUUAUGCAUCUGUCUAAUUCUGUCGAUAUUUCCCCUGAUCUUGUCUCUUAUUUCAUUUUUUAAUCUCUUGGUCACAGCUUCAGUUUAUCACAUGUUCUAAAAUUUGUUUAUCUUUUCUUUCUGUACACUUGCAAACAAACAAGAAAGUAAAUUAAAACGCUAAGCUGUGUGUAUGUAUACAAAAGCCAACGAGACCUGUUGUUUUGUCUUAAAGCAUAAUUCUUUUUUCUUUUCUAUAUUUAUAUAUAUGAAUCGAAAUCGAUGCAUCUGUAUUAUUAGUCUUUACUUACAUUUCAUUUCACCACUGUUAUUCUUCUAAUCAAGAUGAUAUUUUGUUAUUCUUUUCCUAAAAAUAUUCCUCAAUGCGUGUAGAACAGGGGCAGCUUGUCAGUUGAAAAGAUGCAAGUGAAUUAUGUUCUGUGAACACGUGUACUAUAGUGUGUAACCACUUAUCUUUACCUUCUUUCUAUUCUGCUUAUCUUUCACACCAUUAUUCCAUUUAUGUCCAUUGUUCUUUCUUCGUGAAUAUUAUUCUGCCUUCUUAGAAAAACUUGUCGUUUAUUUUGUUAACUUUUUAUUAAAUAAAUUAGUAAAGGAUACUUUUUAAUUGCAAUUAUUACUGUCCCUUCACUUGUUUCAACUAAUCUUUUUUUUGAUUGGUUAGUAGUUAAUGUGUAUAUCAAUGUAGAUAGGGUAGGUUUUCAGAAUGUAUGAAUAGUAGUAGUAGUAGUAGUAGUAGUAGUAGUAGUAGUAGUAGUAGUAGUAGUAGUAGUAGUAGUAGUAGUAGUAGUAGUAGUAGUAGUAGUAGUAGUAGUAGUAGUAGUAGUAGUAGUAGUAGUAGUAGUAGUAGUAGUAGUAGUUAUACUUAGUGUGUGUGUGUGUACGUGUGUUUCAGUAGAAUGGAUUUUCCUGAUCAUUCCAACUUGAAUAUCUUGUAUUUUUACAAGUCACUUUAUUCCUUCUCUAACUCCCGUUUUCCUCUGUUUUGUACAACUUCACUCACUCAUUUUAAAAAUCUUAGUUUCAACAUUUUUCUUCAUUGAAGACACAGUUCUUGAAAGAUUAAAUAGACGUGUGGAUAUUACUUCCUUUUGCAUUCUGCACCAUUUUCUUCUGUUUCACGCUUAUACAUACAUAUUUAACAUCUAUCUAUUGUCUUUAUUUCCUCGCUUAUACUUGGACUCGUGUAUUUGUAUAAAAACCUGGUCAUAGAGAGAGAGAGAGAGUGGAAAGUAAUAUUAGUUAAUCGGCUAAAUUAAUUAUAACUUAAGUAGUGUUAGCAUAAAUAUUGUGCUGUAUAUCAUAUCCCAUUUUUCGUGUGAUCUUCCCCUUAGGAUAUAUAUAAUAACUUAGAGUUUUCGCCUCUUUUCUUACUGUGUCUAAUUUUUAUUGUACUUUGUCUGUCUGUGUAUGUGUAUAUUCUGAUCAGAUAGAGGUAAAUAUUCCUUAAAAAUAUAAAUAUAUAAAUUUUAUAUUACAAAUAUGCAUCCUAUUAACUUUAUUACCUUCGUCAAGUAUAAUAUGGAAAAAUUUAUUUAUAAGUAUUUAUUGUUGAUUUGAUAGUUUUCUUCUAUGGAUUAAGAGCCUAGAUAUUUGCAAUACUUUCAAAAUUACAAGGGCUCAUGGCAUAUUUUUCUACCAUGGUUAGAAUUAAACAGCUUUUAAAGUAUAAACAGUUGGACAUAUUUUGUAUUGUUUGUUUGAAUCUUCCCAUUGAUGUUUAGGACUACAACUGAUCAGUCUUAUUUUCAUAUGUGUAUUCUGUGCGGAUUGCCUCACUUCACAAGCAUUAUAAGCGAACGGUCCUGGGUUCGAGUCUCGGAGUGAAUACCAAUACCGGCUGACGAGUCCCAAAUAGGAUGAAACGCGGUCCUAGAUUCCACUGCUAGCCACCAACCAUCUUUGCUGAAAAUAGUUGAACUGUUUCAAUGAUUUUAAAUUAAUGUUAUUCUCAGAAAAAUAUAUCGAAUUACCAUAUAACUGAAAAGAUUUAUUUUAGGCGAUGAUUUCUUGCGUAUGCACUGUUUAAAAUUAGUAUGUGAAAAAAGCUCAGGAUUUACUAUGAAUCUAUGAUAAUAUGCAGUGAUACGAUGUGACCGAUUGAUUGAUGUAACCUCAGGAUAAUUCGAAGUAAAAAAACAAGACCACUGAAUAGAAGAAUAUGUAUGUUUUUUAUGUAAUGAAACCGGUAUCCUCAUGUACAAGAUGUUAACAAAAUAAACGUCAUCGGUGAUUAACGGAAAUUAGUUUGGUUAUUUACUCUCCAGUCAUUUAGGACUUUCGGUUUUCGACUACAGUCCGUUAUAUAAAAAUUAAUGUAAAUUCAUGUUUAUUUAUUUUAUGGAAAUAUGGUAACCUCAAAUGUUAGUUUUUGGAUUACGCAUGUGUCGCCACGAUAAACUGAAAAGUAAAUUUAGAUAGAUUUUAGUUGUUAUUACUCGUUAAGUGGAAUCUUCCUCUUCUUUAUAUUUGCAUUCUACUUCAAUGUGCUGAAUAUUGACCAUUAAUCGCAUAGAACUUAAACAUGAGAAGUCGAUAUAAUCCAACAAGGUUCAGUCGUAAUCUUAAAGAAAGUCAGAGGUGGCAUCAUUCUAUGAGGUCACCGAUCCAUACGUAUAGGUAGGCGCAGACUAUCUGGUUGGAACCCACGCAUUUAUCAAGCUUUAGAGACGAUGAGCGACACCAUUCAGAAUCGGUUGCAAUCGCACCGACUAGUUUAUUCUGCCUUAAGAUAUUCAUAUCUUUUCUCAGCAAAUCCAUUCUCUUCUUUCAUAUCAACUAUGUCUAAUAUUUUUUUAAUCACAACUAGUACUGUUA